CAGCAUCUUCAUUCUUAUUUCACAGCCAACAUGAAUAAUUGCAGAGCAAUCCAGACCAACACACCUUGAUCUUGUACUAGCCAUGUUUACUCAACUGUAUCCUCGCAUACAUUCUGAGAUGGAAAGAUUAGCGAGACAUCGACGCUGAUGCGCUGGCACCACGAUGGUCGAAAGGCGUCAUUGACACUAUCGAUAGUAGCCGUGGCCGACACGAUUGCGUCAAUGCGCGUGGCAGUCUGGACAUGACCCCGCGUUCUGGAACUCUCUCCUCUACAACAAUUAAGUACAACAUCCUCCACGCCUCAAUAUGCAUAUUCUCGUAACCAACGACGAUGGCCCGCCAUCGGACCAGUCCUCCCCAUACGUACAUUCACUAGUCUCGACGCUCCAAUCCGCAGGCCACACCGUCUCCGUCGUCCUCCCCAACACGCAGCGCUCCUGGAUCGGCAAAGCGCACCUCGUCGGCAAAGCCAUCAAGCCAACCUACUUCCGACCCUCGCCGCUGACCCUCCAGAACGGCCGCUUCUCCAACACAGGCAGCACGUCGAACCGCCCGCUCCCCGAAGACUCCACGCAGGAGGAAUGGAUCCUCGUCGACUCGACGCCCGCGUCGUGCGUGCAGAUCGGCCUGUACCACUACUUCGAGAAGCGCGGGGCCAUCGACCUGGUGGUCAGCGGUCCGAACUACGGGCGCAACAGCACGGCGGUGUUUUCGCUGAGCAGCGGGACGAUAGGCGGCGCGAUGGAGGCGGCGGUGUGUGGGUUUAAGAGCAUAGCGCUGUCGUAUGCGUUCUUCGAUAGGAACCAUGACCCGGAGAUCAUUACCGGCGCGUCUAAGUUGUCGGUGAAGCUGAUCGAGCAUUUGUAUCAGAAUUGGGAUGAGAGUACCCAUUUGUAUACGAUCAAUGUGCCGUUGGUGGAGAACGUCGGUGCGAAUAAGAUUCUAUUCACGGAUAUGCUGCAGAAUUCGUGGAAAUCGGGGUCGUGCUUUCAGGUCAUUGAGGUUCCUGAGGAGGCGGAUGAGGGGGCAGAUGAGGCCGAGGCGGCGAUGCGGAAGGCGGAGGAGAAGCAGGGCAGGAAAGAGUUGGCUGGGGGUGGAGGCGAGGGCUUCGAGAGCGGGACUCAGACGCCGUCAGGACAGGGACACAUUCGAUACACGCAUAAGCAUUUCAAGUGGGCUCCGCAGUUCAAGGACGUUUACCAGAGCGUUGAGGAGAGUGAGCCUGGUAAUGAUGGGUGGGCGGUGGCUCAAGGAUACACCAGUGUGACGCCGUUGAGGGCGAACUUCAUGCAUGUAGGUGGAUAUAGUGGAAAGGAGAUUCAAUUGAAGUAAGAUGGAUUUGUGGAUAGAUAAAAGCAUGUAGACGUAAAUGCAUUAUCCUACACCCUGUUGUUU